AUGAUUAACCGGAGCUCAGGAGCCGACUUCAUCCUGAUGGGCUUCUCUGACCACCCACAGCUUGAGAGGAUCCUCUUUGUGGCGGUGCUGAUCUCCUACCUCCUGACUCUGGUGGGCAACACAGCCAUCAUCUUGGUCUCCUGCGUGGAUUCCGUGCUUCACACACCCAUGUACUAUUUCCUGACCAACCUCUCCUUUGUUGAUAUCUGCUUUUCCACCAGCAUCGUUCCCCAGCUGCUGUGGAAUCUCCAUGGUCCAUCCAAGACCAUCACUCCCAUAGGCUGUGCAAUUCAGCUCUAUGUGUCUCUGGCUCUGGGGUCCACUGAAUGUGUCCUCCUAGCCGUCAUGGCAUUUGAUCGCUAUGCUGCUGUUUGCAGACCACUCCAUUACAACAGGGUUAUGCACUCCCGGCUCUGCCAGUUGCUUGCUGGAGUGGCCUGGCUGAGUGGAGUGGGCAACACAGUGAUUCAGGGCACCAUCACCCUCCGCCUGCCUCGCUGUGGGAACCACAAGAUUUACCACUUCAUUUGUGAGGUUCCUGCUAUGAUCAAGUUGGCCUGUACAGACAUUCAUGCCAAUGAGGUCCAGCUCUUUGUGGCAUCCUUGGUGCUGCUGCUCCUCCCCCUGGCUCUCAUCUUGGUUUCAUAUGGGCACAUUGCUCAAGCAGUGAUGAGGAUAAGGUCCACCCAAACCUGGCAC